GGUUUCCCAGUCGCUUCAGGGAAGUUUGCAAGAAUGUCGGAGCGAUGCGACCUGAAAACCCUGACAGCAGCUCUGUGUUGCUUCUACCACAAGAACUCUGUCAUUUCUGCAAAGUUCUCCAGAGAUCAGUUCAUCCUGGACUGUCCUUCAGAGAAACUCCGCAGGGAGCUGGAGGAGGAGCUGAAGAUGAACUGUGAGGAGCCCAGGAGCCACGCGUGGUACCACGGAGCCAUUCCCAGACAGGUUGCAGAGAACUCGGUGCAGCGUGACGGGGAUUUCUUGCUCCGUGACUCUCUGUCCAUCCCAGGAAGUUACGUCCUGACCUGCCAGUGGAGAAACGCCGCCCAGCACUUUAAAAUCAACAAGAAGGUCGUGAUGCUGAACGAGGCCUACUCCCGGGUGGAGUACCGUCUGGACAGAGAAGGCUUCGACAGCGUCCCUGCACUCAUCAGAUUCUACGUCGGGAACAGAAAACCUGUCUCACAGGUGGUGGGAGCCAUCAUCUUCCAGCCCAUCAACAGAGGCCUCCCCCUGCGCUGCCUGGAGGAGAAGUACGGCCUCUCCUCUACUCACCGGGACUCGCUCAUGUCCCAGGAGAGACGCAGUCAGAAACGCCUCAGCCUCAACAUCACCAACGGACACACACACCAGGACAACACACACGCCGCGCACGACAACACGCACCAGGACAACGGCGUGGGCCGCAGCCGGCAGCUCAGGUUGAAGGAUCGCUGCGGCAGCCAACCGGCGAGUCUCAAUCAGGUACAGGAGAGGCGACGCCCCCUCAAGGCGCACCAAUCAGAAAGCUUCUUACCUCUCGGAUGUAAGCCUCAGCCGGACCCCCUCCUCCCCGGCCCCAGCCCCAAGUCCCCGGUGUUCCGGACGGGCAGCGAGCCGGUGCUCAGCCCCUCCUUCCCCCGGAGAUCAGCCGAGCCUCUGGCAGGUCAGGUGAUCCGAGGCUCCGACAGCCAGCUGUGUCCCAAGCCGCCUCCCAAACCCAGCAAAGUGCCGCUGGCUCGACUCCCUCGCCCGCCCUGCCUCCAGCCGCUGGGGCCCUCGUCCGCCUCCUGCAACCACACGGACUCGUCCUCCUCCGUCUUCACGGCUCAGACUCUGGACUCCACGUGGGGGGAGGCGCCCUCGCCCGGGUGGAGGAGCGGAGCUCCUCCUGCUCCUCCUGUGAAGCCUCUGAAGUUUUCCCAGGGCUCCUCCUCUUCUCUCCUUUCUCCUCCUGAGCGGCUUCACUACCCGGACACACACCCGGUGACGGGCCGGACCGAGCGGCUGCAGCCGAGUCCAGCCGACCUGAGGUCCUGCAGCUCGCUGGGGUGGGAGGAGCCGAUCUCUCCAGACUCCAUCACAGACGACGGCCUCGCCCAUCAGCCGCCACUCUGCAGCUACGUGGACCGGCUGAGGAGGGAAGGAGACGGCGAGGAGGAGGAGGAGGAGGACGAGGGAGGACGAAGAGGCCUGGACAGAAGCUCCUACCAUCACGCCAUCGCAGCCUUAGAGAACACCAGCGAGGAAGAGGAGGAGGAUGCAGGCAGGGGGGAGGAUGGGGAGGAGAAGAGGAGGAGGAGCAGCUUCCAGCGGCCGGUGGUGGAGACCGAGUCCAUGUUCCGACCGGCAGAGUUCGGGUCCCGACUCCUGCCGCCGGAGAACAAACCUCUGGAGAUGGUGGUGCUGAAGAGAGCGAAGGAGCUGCUGCUCCGGCACAACCACCACAGCAUCGCCAGACACCUGCUGCUGGCCGACUGCCAGGUUGUCAGGAUACUCGGAGUGAGUCCGGAGCUCAAAGGUCAGAUGGGCGUGUCCUCGGGUCUGGAGCUGGUGACGCUGCCGCACGGUCGACAGCUGAGGCUCGACCUCAUGGAAAGACACCACACCAUGGCGAUAGGCGUCGCUGUGGAUAUUCUGGGAUGUACGGGCAGCGUGGACGAGCGGGCGUCCACGUUAAACCGCAUCAUCCUCGUGGCGUUGGAGCUGAAGGACACGGUGGGCGACCUGUUCGCUUUCACGGCCCUGAUGAAGGCCCUGGACCUGCCACAGAUCAGCCGACUGGAGGAGACGUGGACGGCUCUGAGACGCAACUACACACAGACGGCCAUCAGCUACGAGAAGACACUGAAGCCUUUCUACAAGAACCUGUACGAGGGCACAGCCUCCCCUCCCCCCGGGGUCUGCGUCCCCCUCCUCCUGCCCCUCCUCACCCUGAUGGAGCGCCCGUCAAUCACACCCGAGGGGGCGGAGCUGUGGGAGACCAGCGACCAGGGCUGCGACAUCAUGCUGCGCCACCUGGAGGCCGCACGCAAAGUCGCACACAACACACACAGCUACACAGCCAACGCACAGAAGCUCUUACAAGGGUUUCAGGCUGACGAAGACCUGCUGGAGGUUUUUAAAACCGACUUCCAGCUGCGGCUGCUGUGGGGAAGCCGCGGAGCCUCGGUCAACCAAUCGGAUCGCUUCAGCAAAUUCACUCUCAUCCUCACCGCCUUGUCACGGAAACUGGAGCCCCCCCCCAAAACUCAAACCCUGAUCUGAUAUAUUAAUAUACUCUCAGUCCGGAGCCGAGGGGGUGAACGGCAGGUGGAGCCAAGAACCAGAUGAAUGGGAAGACAAAGUGAAGCACGGAAUCAAACGUACGACGCCCAGCGGCCACUGAACUCAACACUGAGGAGCUCGUACGAACUGGGGACACGAGAAUCAGUCAAACUCAUUCUAACAACUUAUUUCUCCUACACAUAAAAACCAUUUUGUUCAUUUAGCCUUUUCUAAUCCACCUUAAAGCUCCAAGUCACCUGGUUCCAUCUCGACAAAUCAUAUCACUGCAACAGCUUUAGAAAGAAGACUUGUGCCUGAAGUACUUUUCUCACUAAACGUACAACAGGCCUUAUACAAGGAUAUAAUACAUAUUUCUUUUUAAAAAGCUGAGGGUACAUGUCUGUGAGCUCUGGAGCUUUUUGUUUUCAGAAUCACUCAUAGUUUAAAAGUUAAAAUUAGAAAGCAGGGUUCAGAAUCUAAUAAAAAAAAUUACUUAUUUUCAGGCUUAUGCACAAAAGAUGUAUUUAACUCUAUAAUGAACCUUUUCUCCACAUCUGGAAAUUGCUUUGAACUCUGAUCCGUUUGUUGCUGGUUUAACAAGCGAGACAAAGAACUACCAUAAAUCUCCUUUGGUUCAUUUACACACAGAAGCAGAAAGUCAGAUACUUGCAAAGAAUCAAAAAAUACAAACUCCUUGUUCAUGUGAAAAUUGAGCUUCACGUGUUUUUAUUCCAUCAAAUCUUUUAUUUUACAGUUACACAAAUUAAUAAAACAUGACUUUGUGCAUAUUGCCCAGGAGCAGAUUUGUAAUCGUAUGUAAACAUGAGACUGAAGCUGUAAAUAUCUGAAGCGUGAGCGUGUUAAUAAUCGACUGUACAUAUUUUCUGUAGAGGACUGUAAAAAAGAUGUUGAUGAAUUCUAAUGUUUAUAUUAAAUAUGAACGAUGGGGGUAAAGAUUGAAUAAAUAAGACGAAUGAACUGUG